ACACCAAUAUUUUCUCCUUCGGUUCGUACUUCAGCGGCAGCUGGCCGCUGAAGAGAGGAAUCGCCACCGUUAAUGGCGGACUCCGGAGUGACCGAUGAGCUAUCAAAGUUCCAUAAGUCCGGCAUUUACCGACUCGAAGGCUCCAACGCCGUUUUUAUAGAUCCCGUCCGAGUUCUCAACCGUUCCUACACCCGAUUUAGGGUUUCUCCAUCGGCGUAUUACUCUCGCUUCUUCGAGCCCCAGCGUGCGGACCAGCAUAGGGUUUCUGUAAAUACAAAGAAACGAAAACGCAGAGCGAAACACGAGCCCCGGGCUCUCAACGAGAAAGAACGAGCUGCGGAUCGUCGGCACCAGCAAGCAAGGCCUUUGCUGGUGCGAGCACAUGAGUCUUUACUUGGAGCUUCUGAGCUUGUAUUGGCCAUGCACAGCUUCAGGAGUGAUGGGUGUUUCCCAACAGAAUGUGAGGAGUUGGCAUCACCAGGAGUUAGACAAUCUUUUGUGGAGCUUGGGAAGGUUUGGCAAGCUCCAUUUUACGAGAUAACUCUUAAUAUUUGUCAUCAUAGCGAGCCAACAGAUGAUGGAGGUUCACCAUCUGUUCAGUGUAAUGAACAGAGAGUGUUCCCAAUAUUUGACCACUUAGUCAUGAAUGAGACAAGUGAGGAUGUGGAGGCUGAAUUUUUGAACAACCAGUAUAUAAUACCAAGGAAGAGUUGCUUCUAUAUGUCAGAUUUGGGGCAGAUUCACAACCUGAUUCCUGCUUCAUCUGAUCAUGGUUUCAAUCUUAUUGUGGUUGAUCCACCGUGGGAAAACAGAAGUGCUCAUCAGAAAUCUAUGUAUCUGACUUUGCCAAACAAACACUUUUUAUCCCUUCCUAUUAAGCAACUUUCUCAUACAGAAGGAGCACUUGUGGCUUUAUGGGUGACUAAUAGAGAGAAAUUGCGGGCCUUUGUUGAGAAAGAACUGUUCCUUGCAUGGGGAGUCAGAUAUGUGGCUACCUUUUACUGGUUGAAGGUGAAGGCAGACGGCUCAUUACUUUGUGAUUUAGACCUCUUUCAUCAUAGGCCAUAUGAAUGUCUCCUACUAGGAUGCUGUCAUGUGGAGGCUAUGGAUACUAGAAACCUGUCAAAUUUUGGAACUGUACAAGAUGAUCAAGUAAUUAUUAGCAUCCCUGGGGAUUACUCGAGGAAGCCCCCAGUUGGAGAGUUGCUGCUGGAGUAUGUACCAGGACUCAAGCCUGCCCGAUGUAUUGAGUUAUUUGCAAGAGAAAUGAUGGCUGGAUGGACUUCUUGGGGGAAUGAACCUCUUCACUUCCAGGAGUCAAUAUAUUUUCGAAGGGAAGAUGACGGACGACUAAUAUAAUCAGAUAAAGCCAUUUGUUGGGAACUACCUAGAACUCCAUGUUGUCCAGAGUUUCAACUGGUGGAAUGAAGGGGAAUUUGAAAACUGAAGUUUGUGGGGUGUGAAGCGUUACUUUCAAAUGCAGAUUGCAUUUAUGAUGUUAAAAAUCUUCUGAAGAUCGUCUGCUGAUAGGGUCACCACUCACCUGCCUGGAGCUUUCAGGGAGGCAGAAAGUUGAGCAAGGAGUCAAGUGGGCUUUGAUGGUUUUGCUGGUGGGGGGAUCUUGAUGAUUGCUUUGGGUAAUGGUGUUGUUGAUUACAGCGGAAGAAGCCAAAUUCAUAUCAACAGGACAACAUCAGCUAAUAAGUCUGUUCUUGAAAAAAGAAUUGAUUGCGGAAUUUGUUUGUAUUUGGGCUACUAUUAUUCCAAUUCAAUUUCAAAAUGGGUGGCUGUUUUGUCUUCCCUCUUUUCUCUUUUUCCAAAA